AUGGGCAAGGCGCAAAAGAUGAACCUGCCUUUGAUACCGCUUCCUCGGGAUACCAUCCUGUUGCCAGGUUUGGUCCAGAGAAUAUCUGUCACGUCAAGCCGUCCCGAUGUCGCCGCUCUGCUUGCACAUGUCUACGAGCGCGCAGCGGCCAAAGGCCCCGAUGGUCGCAUCGAUAGCGUCCCUAUCGCGUGCGUCCCUGUCAACUCGCCCUUUGUCGGUCCCAACGGCCAGCUCCUGAUCAGCAAUGGCGAGGAAGUCGACACGUCUGCCAUCGAAGAGGUCAAUCCGGGCUCCGCCAAAAAGGGCGACUUGUACCACUUUGGUGUUGCCGCCAAGAUCAUCGGCAUCGAUGGCCGAGGUGCGGGCGAAUUCGCCUUGCGCGUUGAGGGAACAUCGCGCAUUCGAAUCGAAUCGAUUGUUCGUGAGCGCCCAUAUUUCGAGGGCCAAGUAACAUACUUCCACGAUGAUAUCGACAUCGCCGACAAGCAGCUUCAAGACCUCUUUGCCUUGCUCAAAGCGCAGUCCCGCGAACUCAUAACCAUUCUACGCAUCUCCUCUAUGCUACCGCGCACCAAAGCCGGCCCGACUCUCUCCCCUACUGUCACCAAGCGACUCGAGCUGCUCAUUAUGCGAAGAGAGAUCAAAGAAUCUGGUCUGUUGGCUGACUUCAUGGCCAAUCUCGUCGAGGCUAGCCACGAGGAGAAGCUCGGCGUCCUAGCCGCUCUCGAUGUGAAGGUCAGAAUUACAAAGGUCAUUGAGCUUCUCGAGCGCCAGGUUGGAGGUAUCAAGAACAACUUCAAAAUCACAACAUUUACGUCUGUCCCGGUUCAAAUCCUCGACCGACUUGGCGAAAAUCCCGUGCGACGUCCCAACUCCCCGCAGCACCUGCCGGGUAUGUCAUUCAUGCCUCCGCCAGGGGGCAAUAUGCAGGGUGGCAAUGACAACGAGGACCAAGAGGCCAGCGAGAUCGAUGAACUCAAGAAGAAGCUUCAAAACGCCCAGCUCCCACCAGAUGUUGCCAAGGCAGUGGAUAGAGAACUCCGUCGCUUGCAGAAGAUGAUGCCUAUGAAUCAAGAGUACCAGGUCACCCGCAACUGGCUGGAAACCUUGUCCGAGAUCCCUUGGGCCGCUGUCACGGAUGACAGACUUGGCCCCGACACAUUAACGCGGGCGCGAAAGCAACUAGACGACGACCACUAUGGGUUGGAAAAGGUCAAGAAGCGACUCAUCGAGUAUCUCGCGGUACUGCGUCUGAAGCAGUCCAUCAACGACGAAGUCGAGCAAAAGCUCCGCUCGGAGCAGGCCCUUGUUCACCAAUCCAACCCGAAUGCCGAGCAAGAUGACCAGCAGUCUGAUGCUGAGGCUGCCCAGCUCCAAGUGCUCAAAUCACAGAAGAUGACAGACAAGUCCCCCAUCAUGCUCCUGAUCGGCCCUCCCGGUGUUGGAAAGACCAGCCUGGCUAAAUCAGUUGCCACAGCGCUUGGCCGUAAAUUCCAUCGCAUCUCGCUCGGUGGCGUGCGCGACGAAGCAGAGAUUCGUGGCCACAGACGUACCUACGUUGCCGCUAUGCCUGGCCUUAUCGUCCAAGGUCUUCGCAAGGUUGGAGUCGCGAAUCCAGUGUUCCUUCUCGAUGAAAUCGAUAAGAUUGGUAUGGCCAGUGUCCAUGGUGAUCCUUCCGCUGCUAUGCUUGAGGUUCUUGACCCUGAGCAGAACCACACGUUUCAAGAUCACUACGUCGGAAUGCCUAUCGAUCUUUCGAAGAUUCUCUUCAUUGCCACUGCGAACAACUUGGAUACCAUUCCUGCACCUCUACUCGAUCGCAUGGAGAUGAUUUACCUACCGGGCUACACAACUUUGGAGAAGCGGCACAUUGCUUUGCAACAUCUCGUUCCCAAGCAGAUUCGCGCCAAUGGCCUGUCAGAGGAUCAAGUCAUCUUCAACGAAGACGUUGUGUCCAAAGUUAUCGAGUCAUACACUCGCGAAGCAGGUGUCCGAAACCUGGAGCGCGAGCUUGGGUCAGUCUGUCGGUCAAAGGCCGUACAGUAUGCAGAGGCCAAAGACGGCGGUCGCCUCGACCAUUACAGGCGUGAACUUACUGUUGAUGACCUAGAAGACAUCUUGGGCAUCGAAAAGUACGAAGAAGAGAUUGCAGAGAAAACCAGCAGGCCAGGUAUUGUUACUGGCUUGGUUGCGUACAGCACUGGUGGCAAUGGAAGCAUUCUGUUCAUCGAGAUCGCCGAUAUGCCUGGAAGAGGAACCGUUCAACUCACUGGCAAGCUUGGCACUGUUCUGAAGGAGAGUGUUGAAGUAGCACUUACUUGGGUCAAGGCCCAUGCAUUUGAGCUUGGCCUUACUCAAGAACCUUCUGCCGACAUCAUGAAGAACCGCAGCAUCCACGUCCACUGUCCUGCUGGUGCGAUUCCGAAAGACGGCCCCAGCAGUGGCAUCGGGCAGGCCAUUGCUCUCAUUUCUUUGUUCUCCGGCAAGCCAGUACCCCCUACAAUGGCCAUGACGGGUGAGAUUUCGUUGCGCGGCCGCGUAACUGCUGUUGGCGGUAUCAAAGAGAAGCUCAUUGGUGCUCUUCGAGCUGGUGUCAAGACGGUCAUCCUCCCUUCUCAGAACAAGAAGGAGGCGAAAGAUCUUCCACAGGAGGUUAAAGAUGGACUGGAAAUCAUUCAUGUUAGUCACGUUUGGGAGGCAAUUCGAGUCGUAUGGCCAUACUCGCACUGGGCUGCGGAUAGCCACUUUUCUGGCAUUGAAAGUCGACUGUAA